AUGAGUGUUAUCUCUCAAAACUGGUUAUUCGCGAAAAAGUUCGAAGGAGAACCCAAGAAUGAAGACUUUCGAUUGAUCGAGGAAGAACUACCACCUCUUCAGGAUGGAGAAUUUCUUGCUCGGGCAGAGUAUCUCAGUGUGGAUCCCUACAUGCGGCGAUACAUGAUGAACCUUCCUGAAGGAAGUGUGAUGGUCGGUGGACAAAUAGCGAAAGUAGUGGAGAGUAAGCAUGCUGCCUAUCCCGUUGGAGUGAGGAUUUUCGGUCACUUCGGUUGGCGGACAUAUACCUUGUACAAUCCGGACAAAGCAAAAGAAAUCGAAAGAAAACCACAUGUGUUGUUUGAUUUCGGCUCACUUCCAUCCAGCUUGGGACUCGGUGUUCUGGGGUUACCAGGGAAUACGGCUUAUUUUGGAUUCUUGGAGCUAUGUGCCCCAAAGGAAGGAGAAACGGUGGUAGUUAGUGGAGCAGCAGGCGCCGUAGGGAAUGUUGUAGGCCAGAUUGCAAAACUCAAAGGAUGCCAUGUUAUUGGUAUUGCUGGAUCUGAUGACAAGUGCCAGUGGUUGAAGAAGCUCGGCUUUGAUCAUGCCGUUAACUAUAAGUCAGAGCAUUUUCUCGAAGAAUUGAAGAAAGCCGCACCUAAAGGAAUCGAUUGUUAUUUCGAUAAUGUUGGUGGCACCAUAACGGAGUCGGUUAUACGGCUCAUGAACUUAUAUGGUAGAAUUUCCGCUUGCGGCUCUGUUUCAAAUUACAGCAGUGGUCCGGUUAAGGUACAAGAUCCACAGCAUGAUUUUGUGAUCAAACAAUUGAAAAUGGAAGGAUUUAUUGUCAGCCGAUGGCGAGACCGGUGGAUGGAAGGCAUUCGAGCCAAUUUGGACUGGAUAAAACAAGGAAAACUUCAAUACGAGGAAACAGUUACAGUUGGAUUUAAAAACAUGCCGAAGGCGUUCAUGGAUAUGCUGAAAGGCGGUAACACAGGCAAAGCCAUAGUAAAAGUAGAUAAUCAUAGUAAAAAAGGGUAACUAGAUA